CGCCGCGACGUUGCGACGCGCCGGCAAUGGCGACAGUGUAAACCUGAGAGUGCUUCGCUUUCAAAUCUUUUACUGACGUUGCCGCGGGAGCCGCAGCAGCCUCAGAUCGGAUCGGCGGCGGCGGCGGCGCGCGCGCGCGCUCCCGCUGCUGUCUGCACCGAGCGGCGCGUCACCUCGGCCUCUGCGAGUCUGAGCCUUGCUAGGUGGGAAACAUGAACGACGCCAACUUGAAUCGCAACGACGAGUUCGAUGAGCAGUUGCGAUUGCAAGAAUUGUACGGAGACGCCAAAGGGGGUGAUGCCCACAACGAUUCUAGUGGAGAAACCGAUUCUUUCGGGCAGCAGCCGGCUGACACCCCCUAUGAGUGGGACCUGGACAAGAAGGCUUGGUUCCCCAAGAUUACUGAAGAUUUCAUUGCUACAUAUCAAGCUAAUUACGGCUUCUCUAGUGAUGGUGCAUCUAGUUCUACUACGCAUGUCCCGGACACUAAUAUGAGGGCUGCAGAAGAGCCUCCACAAAGAAAAACUCCAGAACCCACUGAUCCCAGAAAGAGGGGAGAGAAAAGAAAGGGUGACUCAGGAUGGUUUCAUGUUGAAGAAGACAGAAAUACAAAUGUAUAUGUGUCUGGUUUGCCUCCAGACAUUACAGUGGAUGAAUUUAUACAGCUUAUGUCCAAGUUUGGUAUUAUUAUGAGAGAUCCUCAGACAGAAGAAUUUAAAGUCAAACUUUACAAAGAUAAUCAAGGAAAUCUUAAAGGAGAUGGGCUUUGUUGUUAUUUGAAGAGAGAAUCUGUGGAACUUGCGUUGAAACUUUUGGAUGAAGAUGAAAUUAGAGGCUACAAAUUACACGUUGAGGUGGCAAAGUUUCAACUGAAGGGGGAAUAUGAUGCCUCAAAAAAGAAGAAGAAGUGCAAAGACUAUAAGAAGAAGCUGUCUCUGCAACAAAAGCAGUUGGAUUGGAGACCCGAGAGGAGAGCCGGACCAUCCCGAAUGCGCCAUGAACGAGUUGUCAUCAUCAAAAAUAUGUUUCACCCUACAGACUUUGAGGAUGAUCCAUUGGUGCUGAAUGAGAUCAGAGAAGACCUUCGAGUAGAGUGUUCAAAGUUUGGACAAAUUAAGAAGCUCCUUCUGUUUGAUAGGCAUCCUGAUGGUGUGGCCUCUGUGUCCUUUAGGGACCCAGAAGAAGCUGAUUAUUGCAUUCAGACCCUCGAUGGAAGGUGGUUUGGUGGCCGUCAGAUCACUGCCCAAGCGUGGGAUGGGACUACAGAUUAUCAGGUGGAGGAGACCUCAAGAGAAAGGGAGGAAAGGCUAAAAGGAUGGGAGGCAUUCCUCAAUUCUCCUGAGGCCAACAGAGGCCUUCAGCGUUCAGAUUCUGUUAGUGCUUCAGAAAGAGCAGGGCCUUCUAGAGUGAGGCAUUUUUCAGAGCCCCGGAGCACAUGGAAAAUGAAAGCUGAAGAAGCUAAAACUGGAAUGGUAUUUGAAGAACCUAUUGAUGAGAAGAAGUUUGAAAAAACAGAAGAUAGGGGAGAAUUUGAAGAAGAUGCUUCUGGAAAAGAUACUAAAGAAGAUGGGCUUGAAAAAGAGCGCAAAGAUGGCUGCCCUGAAAAUGAAUCUGAAGAGGGCUGUCCUGAGAGAGAGGCUGAGGGAGGCUGUCCUGAAAAUGAAUUCGGAGAGGGUGGCCCUACAAAAGAGUUGCAGGGGAAUAGCUCUGAAAAAGAACCUAAAAAGAAGAGAUUCAAAAAAGCUUGUGAAAAGAAUAGCCUUACCAGCGAGUCUGAAGAUGAUGAUGCCAACAAGGAGUCCAAAGGGGAGGGCAGCCAGCCCAAAAAACCUGAAGAGGAUGACUCUGAGAGAGAAUCUAACGCAGACCGCUCAGAAAAACAGUCUGAAGUUGGCUCUGAGAAAGAAUUAGAAGAAAAUGGUGUCGAGCAAGAUUUUGACGAGUAUAGCUCUGACGAGUUUCUCAACAACCUUCUUGACAAACAGUUAGAAGAAAAUGACUCGGACAAAUCAGAAUUUGAAGGCUCUGAGAAAAUGUUAGAUGUGGAAGACUAUGACAGAGAGUUUGACGAAGAGUCAGAAGAAAAGGAUGAAGAGGCAACCUACAACAAGGUUUUUGAAGAUGAAGAGUUUUUUAAUGAUGUGUCAGAUGAAGACGAGGACGAAGAAGAUGAAGAUGGAAAAGGAGAUGAGGAUGCUGAUGGAAAAGAGGGAGAAGGUGACACAGAGGAGAAACUGUUUGAAGACUCAGAUGAAAAGGAAGAUGAGGAAGAUGCAGGUGAAAAAGGAAACGAAGAUGUGGAUGAAGUGUUGUUCGAAGAUGACAACUCCAUUGAGAAGUUUGAGGAGGGGGCUUCCAGUGAGAAGCUGUUCGAUGAUUCUGAUGAGAGGGGGACCUUGGGGAAUGUGAAGGAAGGGGGGCCACUGUCCACAGACAGCAGCUUUGUUCUCAGCAGUGAUGAUGAUGGUGAUGAUGUCUAAUCCCUUAAACUUGCUUUCUGGGGAGUCUCCAUCUCCAUUUGCCUGUGCUUCAGGGCCGUUACUAGUAGUGUUACAUAAACAUGUGCAUAGUGGUAGGAUGCCCUCAGAUUAAUGCAUCAAAGGUUUCUCAUUGUCUCCUGUACCUAAUUUUAAAUACAUGUUAAUUGGCUGUUCAUUUAAAGCUGUUAUAAUGCAGAUAAGCUGGAUACUUGUCUUUUUGUCAGAUUUGUUAAAUGCAUGCAGAAUAAUAUUUUUAAAAAGUAUUCUGAUUGAAGUUUGUGAUAUUCAAAAAUAAAAAGUUGAUAAUAUGCA